CAAGCGUAGAAAAAGUUUUCACUGUGAGCCGCCAUUUUGGUUUGACUACUACUCGGCGCAAAAUAUUUUUGUGGCCGGAUAAUGUAACUUUGUGUCAACAUGGACGGCUGAUUUUACACCAGAAGCGUAGCAAGAGGUAUAUUCUGUACAUACAAGUGAAGAAAAUGUGAAUAUCUGUAAGGAUGUUGGCGUGUUUGGCGCGGGAAGUGCAGCGCCGCGCUCAGUGAAGCUGUGGAGCUCAGUUGUGAAAUCCCACCAAGGAGAUGUCUGCCUCGCAAAGUUACAAUUUUCCCGGCGAUCCGUGGCGGAUGCCCACUUAGAGUACGGUGGUUGAUAUAUUGAGUUGUAAUGAUGCAAUAUGAGUGGCGCGGGGACGCUUGCAGGCCAGGAUUAAGUAUAAAAGUGUGGUGUAGUGAAAGCAUCGGUCUUGUGUUGAGCAGCGCGUUGUAAACAAGGACGUGAUGGCGGAGCAGCCGCUGGGCAACGAGCCGCCCAACAAGCGGGCCAAGAUUGACUCCUUCCAGUCACCUGACCCCACCGAUGAGUUUGCUGCAAUGUUAGAGAAGGAUCUGCCGGAUGACUUAAUAUGGCCAUCAGGAGACUCUCAAGGUGGAGGUGGCAGUGGUGGUGGCAGUGGUGGGAGUGGGGGAGGAGGAGGUGGAGGUGGCAGUGGUGGUGCUGGGAGAGGUGUAAAUGGAAUGAUGGAGAACAGUGGAGGAGGUGGUGGAGGCCCUGGAGAUCGUCCACAGCAGAUAAGCCAUCUUAUCCAGACAAAGACACCACCCCAUUCUAUAGCUGGAACAAAUGCAAUGGCUACUGGACCCCACACCAUGACCAACCAGAGCAAUAUGAUUGUGAAUGCAUUGACAAAUUCCAAAAGUCCUCAUGGUGGGCCAAUGCAGUCACCUCAAAACACAAACUUGGGGAUGAGUGGAGUUCCAACAUCCAGCCAGCCAUUAAGCAUGAAUGACUCUGUAAAUAACUUGAACAACAUGCCCAAUAGUAUAGCCAACUCUCUUGCCGCCGUGUCUGGAACCAUGUCCAUGUCAAUGGCCUCCAGUGGUACAGUGUCCUCCAUGAGUCUUGUUAAUACCAACACCUCCAUGGGCCAUAACAGCAUGGCAAACAGUGCUGGCAUGGCUGGUGGCAUGAACACAGUGACCAAUAUCAAUACUAUGAACACAAUGAACUCCAUGAAUAAAUCACAAGUGGUAACGACAAUGAACAUGACUGGGCCCAUGGCAACCCAGAUGAGUGAGGGUAUGCCAAAUGGACCUUUGUCGACAUUGAAUAGAACACUAGUUCCGCCUAACCUCAGAGGGCAGUCACCUCAGCCCAUAGGAGCUCCACAGGGAAUGGCUCCAAGACAUCCUGGAAUGACUCCUGGUCAGCUUGGACCAAGAUUACAGAGUCCUGGUGUUGGAAGCAUUGGGCAGCCAACAUUGUCUGGAAACUACAACUUUGGUGGCCCUAAUGUCAACCAGGGAAUGGAUGGUAAUGUUGGUCAAGCAAAUGCUGGCAUUGGUCCUGGUCAACGUCCCAUGGGGAUUGGUGGUAUGCCACCUCGCUAUCCCAACCAAGAGGUGAUGGGUGUGAUGGGUCCAUUGCCAAGAGGUCCUCAGCCUGGGCCAGGACUUGGUGGCCCUGGGGGACAGGGUGUUCCUGGUGGACCACCUGUAGGGCCUCCAGGCCCUAUGGGCAGUGGCCCUGGAGCGCCUGGUCAGAUGGUACCAGGGCAGCCCAGACCUAACCCAGCAGAUCCAGAAAAACGAAAGCUGAUUCAGCAGCAGCUGGUACUACUACUUCAUGCCCAUAAGUGCCAGCGUCGUGAAAGCCAGGCUAAUGGAGAGGUGAGGCAGUGCAAUUUGCCACACUGCAAGACUAUGAAGAAUGUCUUAACUCACAUGACAACUUGCCAAGCAGGCAAAUCAUGUCCAGUUCCUCACUGUGCAUCAUCACGACAGAUAAUAUCUCACUGGAAAAACUGUACAAGACAAGACUGUCCUGUUUGUGAACCUUUGAAACAAGCUGACAAGAAACAACCACCAGCUGGUGCAGUCUCAGGACAAAUACCACCAACAGUGUCACAACCAGGUCAAAGUCCAGGAGGUGUUCCUGGUCCAAUAUCAGGUCCAUCUGGUCCCCCAGGUCCCCCAGGCCCACCUAGUGUCCAAGGUCAAGUACCAACUGGUCCACCAGGGCAAACUGCAGGGCCAAGGCCUGGAGGAGUUAAGAGAGUGUAUGAAGGUGACACGUUGCAGUCGUCCUUAUCUGCACCUCCUGGACCAACAGACUCAAUAAUAAGAAGCUUGAGACCUCAGGUACCUAGUGGAGGUGUUCCAGGAAUGCCUGCCAAUGCCCAGCCUGUUGUGCCUGGAAGUGUUGCAAAUGCCACCACUGGAGUACCUGGGGCACCAGGAGGCUUACAGAUAGUGCGACCAGGUGUCCCAAAUAAAGGCCCUGAUGGAACAAUGAUGGGCCCUACUGUUCCUCAGAAUAUCAAUUCUUCUGGCAUGAUGUUAUCUAGAGGACCAAAUGCAGGCUCAGCUCCAGUGAAUACUCUCCAUCCACAAAUUAUUGGCAAGCCUCCUAAUGUUGGUAUCAAUCAAAACAAGCCUGUUGGAAGUACAAUGUCUCUACCUGAUUCAUGGCUAAGUUUGCCAAAUCAACCUGCACAGCUGCCCGGUGGGAUUGGAACUGUAACUGCCAAGCCUGUAAAGGGGACCAAAGAAUGGCACCAAAGUAUAUCCAAUGAUUUGAGAAAUCAUCUUGUUCACAAAUUGGUGCAAGCCAUCUUCCCCACUCCAGAUCCUCAGGCAAUGCUGGACAGAAGAAUGCAAAAUUUAGUUGCAUAUGCCAGAAAAGUUGAAGGGGACAUGUUUGAAAUGGCAAAUUCUCGGCCUGAAUAUUACCAUCUUUUGGCUGAGAAAAUCUACAAGAUCCAAAAAGAACUGGAAGAGAAACGUCUUCAGAGGAGGCAAACCCCUCGAGAUGGGGAAGCAGUGCCUCCUGGCCCUCCUGGUGGCCCUCAGUGUCCUGCCCCUGGAGUUCCUCAGGGAGGGCAGGUGGUUGCUUCAGGACAAAUUCUAGCUCCUACAACUUCUGGAGCAUCAUCCAUUGGUAUUGUAACCCGUCCUCCAGGUCCUCGGUUGACACACCCAUCCGGGGGUCUGCAGAUUCCUGCCACCCAUUCAGUGGCUAAUAAUCAAGUCUCUCAACCAACAUCUGUAUGUCAACCUAGCAAUCAGAUGGUGAUGGGUGGUCCUCCAAUCAGUGGCCCCAUCACUACAACUCCUACCACUAGUAACAAUACCAUGGCAAACUCCUCUGGGCAGUUUCCUGUUAGUGUUCCUCCAAGUGAUAUAAUGCCUGGGUCCAGGUCCAGCAUUCCCCCACCUCCCUAUAGUACUCCCAAUGAUUCUGCUGUUAUGAACCAGAUGUCAAACAGAACAUCUCCUGCUAUUCCCGUGUCUUCGGUUGCUGCCACGUUGGGUAUAUCUGUGAGUUUUUCUUCACAGUCCACCACAUGUUCCAUGGCCAAUACAUCAAGUGGUGAAAAUUCUCUUCAGCCUUCUGUGCAGCCAGGCACAAUAACUACUACAGCAAAUAGUGAGAAUACAGUGAUGUCAACAUCAAUUCACACAAAGGAUAAUGCCAUCGGCAAUCAAUCUACUCCAUCAGAGAUGACUGAUGAUAAAUCAGACAUUAAGCCUUGCAAAAUACAACCUAAGAUAGAAAUUCCAGAAAUUAGAAGUGAACCCGAAGAAUGUGAUGGGAAAGAAAUGAAGGUUGAAUCAAAGCCUGAGCCAAUGGAACUAAAUACUUUAGAAGAGGCUCCUGUGAAACAAGAACCUAAAAGCCCAGCAUCACGAACCCCGAGUGAGUCAAGUAAUUCAAAUGAAGGUGGAAAUAGCAAAGGAGACAAACCAGCCAACAGUUCAGUAACUCCCAGGCGACCUGCUCCAACGCCACCCAAACCAGCAACUGUGGUUUGUGCUCCUGCCCCUAAGGAUCGCCCGCCACUCUUCAAACCAGAUGAAUUAAGGCAACAUUUGGUUCCUACAUUAGAGAAGUUGUAUCGGCAAGAUCCAGAGUCUAUACCUUUUCGUCAACCUGUUGAUCCCCAGGCUCUUGGUAUCCCAGAUUACUUUGACAUCAUCAAGAAACCAAUGGAUUUAUCUACAAUAAAACGCAAGUUAGAUACAGGCCAGUACACUGAUCCCUGGGACUACGUGGAUGAUGUAUGGCUAAUGUUUGAUAAUGCAUGGAUAUACAACAGAAAAACAUCCCGUGUUUACAGAUAUUGCACAAAACUUGCUGAAGUGUUUGAAGCUGAGAUUGACCCUGUUAUGCAGCAACUAGGAUACUGCUGUGGUCGCAAGUACACAUUCAACCCACAAGUUCUUUGUUGUUAUGGAAAGCAGCUGUGUACUAUCCCUCGUGAUGCCAAAUAUUUCAGCUAUCAGAACAGAUAUACAUAUUGCUAUAGAUGCUUCAAUGACAUUCAAGGAGACAGUAUCACCUUGGGAGACGAUCCAUCACAGCCAGCUUUGAUAAUCAAGAAAUCCCAGUUUACCGAGAUGAAAAAUGAUGCUCUUGAUCUAGAACCUCUGGUAGAGUGCCUUGAUUGUGGCCGAAAACAGCACCAAAUAUGUGUAUUAUACAUGGAGAGCAUUUGGCCCCAAGGGUUUGUCUGUGAUGGCUGCCUCAAAAAGAAAUCCCAGACUCGUAAAGAAAAUAAAUUUACAGCAAAGAAGCUGCCAACCACAAAACUGAGUAAUUUCUUAGAAACUAGAGUGAAUAACUUCUUGAAAAAGAAAGAAGCAGGUGCUGGAGAGGUUUACAUCAGGGUUGUAUCAUCAACUGACAAGACUGUUGAAGUCAAAGGUGGAAUGAAAACUAGGUUUGUUGAUACGGGACAACUUUCACCAGAAUUUCCGUACCGUGCCAAAGCUCUUUUUGCCUAUGAAGAUAUUGAUGGACAAGAUGUUUGCUUCUUUGGUAUGCAUGUGCAAGAGUACGGAUCUGAUAGCCCUAUACCUAAUACCAGGAGAGUGUACCUAGCAUACCUAGAUAGUGUACACUUCUUCAAACCAAGACAAUACAGGACUGCUGUUUAUCAUGAGAUUCUUUUGGGUUAUCUUGAUUAUGUUAAGCAGUUGGGGUACACUAUGGCACAUAUCUGGGCGUGUCCACCCUCAGAGGGAGAUGACUACAUUUUUCACUGCCAUCCUAGUGACCAGAAGAUCCCAAAACCAAAGCGCCUGCAAGAAUGGUACAAGAAAAUGUUAGAUAAAGGAAUAAUAGAACGAAUAGUUCUUGAUUACAAAGAUAUUCAUAAGCAAGCCUUUGAGGAUAACAUGAAAUCUCCUGCUGAGUUACCAUAUUUUGAAGGGGACUUCUGGCCUAAUGUUAUGGAGGAAAGCAUUAAAGAGCUUGACCAAGAAGAGGAGGAAAAGCGAAAGCAAGAAGAGGCAGCUGCAGCAGAAGCUGCUGCACAGGCAGCCAUGGGGCAAGAGGAAGAAGAGGAAACUAGCCAAGAUGGUAAAAAGAAAGGUCAAAAGAAACACAAAAAUAAGAAUAAAAGUAAAAGUCAACAAAAGAAUAAAUCUAAGAGCAAAACUAAUGCAGCUGGCUGCAAUGAUCUUGCUCAGAAAAUAUUUGCUACAAUGGAGAAACACAAGGAUGUAUUCUUUGUAAUAAGAUUGCAUAGUGCACAAUCAGCUGUUAGUUUGCCCCCAAUUCAAGAUCCUGAUCCAAUUAUGGUAUGUGAUCUCAUGGAUGGUAGAGAUGCCUUCCUAACAUUGGCUAGUGAACGACACUUAGAGUUUUCGUCCUUGCGCCGUGCUAAGUACUCUACAAUGGUUAUGAUGUAUGAACUUCAUAACCAGGGCCAGGAUCGCUUUGUAUAUACAUGUAACCACUGUAAGGCGCAUGUGGAGACUCGCUACCACUGCCAAGAAUGUGAUGACUUUGACCUCUGUACCUCUUGUUUCAAGGCUGAAGGUCAUAACCACAAGAUGAUAAAGCUGGGCUUGGAUCUGGAGGAUGGAUCAGUCUCUACAGAAAACAAAAAUCUCAAUCCUCAGGAGGCACGCAAACAGUCCAUACAGAGAUGUAUUCAGUCCUUGGUUCAUGCUUCACAGUGCAGAGAUGCCAACUGCAGACUUCCAUCUUGCCAGAAGAUGAAGAGAGUGUUGGCACACACAAAAUCAUGUAAAAAGAAGAAUAAUGGUGGCUGUGCAAUCUGUAAACAGCUCAUUGCUCUCUGUUGUUACCAUGCAAGAAAUUGCAAAGAACAGAGAUGUGUUGUACCGUAUUGCUUUAACAUUAAACAAAAGCUACGUCAGCAAGAAAUGCAGCAGAGAUUCCAACAGCAGCAAUUGAUGAAGAGAAGAAUGCAACAGAUGAAUGCCGCCCGUAUGGUUGGUGGGGCAGCUAAUCCCUCAAUGCCUCAGCCAACUGCUCCAGUCCCUCCAUCUGUGCCGAGUCCUAUUCACAACACUCAGCCAGGAAUUAAGCCAACAACACAAGCUACACCUCCACCAAAUGUUAUGAAGGCUAUUGCACAGGUCCAAGAGGAAGCUGCACGCCAGAGUGGCACAGGUACUGCUGUAAGCUAUGGGAAGGGCAAUCCUGGUAAUGCAUCUGUCAGUCAACCAAACAUGAUGCCACCUCCCAUACCUCCUCAGCAGCAAGUGCGUCCACAGAUGCCCCCUAAUGCCCUCUCACCAAUAGGCACUAUGGGGCCUCAGGUUUCACAGAUGAACCCAAUGGGAAAGCCCAAUGCUGUGAUGCAACAGCAGCAGCAACAGCAACCUCAACAGCAGCAACAGAACAGAGUUUUACCAGGCAUGGAGCAAUUAUGGAACAGAUAUCCCAAUCCUGGUCCCACUGGAAUAUUAGGGCAACAGCCACCAGGUCAAGGUGGUGGCAUUAGACCAGGAAUGAUGGCACAACCCAAUCCGAUGAAUCAACCUGGCCCACCUGGCCCAGCAUCGGUAAUGGGACCCCCAGGUCAGCCAGGGCAGCCUGGCCAGCCUGUUCAGCCUGGUAGCCAACCACAAAGAAAUGCUACCCAGGCCUUGCAGCAGCUCUUACAGACUUUGAAGAAUCCCUCGGGUCCUCAUCAGCAAUCUGAAGUUUUACAAAUACUCAAAACUCAUCCUCAGCUUAUGGCAGCUUUUAUUAGACAUCGACAAAUUCAGCAACAAAGUCAACAGCAGCAGCAACAGCAGCAGCAGCAACAACAGCAGCAACAGCAACAGCAGCAACAGCAGCAGCAACAACAACCACAGCAACAGCAACAACAACAGCAACAACAGCAGCAGCAACAGCAGCAGCAACAGCAGCAGCAGCAACAACAGCAACAGCAGCAGCAACAACAGCAGCAGCAGCAGCAACAGCAACAGCAGCAGCAGCAAAAUCCUCAGGGUGCUAGUCAACCAGGGAUGAUGCCCCAAAAUACUAGUGGAAUCCAAGUACCUGUACAAGGUUCCAUGCAACCUGGUAUGCAGCCUGGUGGCAUGCAACCCCCAAUACAGGGGAACAUGCAGACAAGCAUGCCGGGUGGUAUAGUAACACAAAUGGCUACCAGUCAACCCAUGCAGGUUCAGCAACCACCAAUGGGGGUACCACCAAAUCAAGCAAGCAUGACUCAUCAGCAACAAUGGUACCAGCAACAUAAAAUAAUGCAAAUCAGACAGCAGCACCAACAACAACAGUCUCAACCAGGGGGCUUCCAGCAACCUCAGGCACCAAUGUACACACCCAGACGACAGAUGAACUUCCCUCAGCAGCAUAAUUUCCAAGGUGGAGAUGGGCAGUUUGGUCAAGGUUUCCCUCAACAGCAGCAGCAGCAGAUGCUCAUGCAGCAGCAGCAACAGAUGAAACCAGUACCACCAUCUAUGUCUCCUGGAAUGAUGCCUCCGGUGUCAGCUAUGACCAACCCGUCCCCGCAGCAGCUGAUGCAGACUGUAACAUCUCCCCCUCCAAAUAAUCUCCCUCAGACUGUGCGGUCACCACAACCUAAUCCCUCGCCCAGAAAUCAUGGACCCAUCCCAUCCCCACGUGCGGGACCAGUACCUUCACCACACCAUCCAGCUCCCGUGCAUUCUCCACAUCCAGGCGGCCAACAAGGCCCAACAAUGGGUGGUGGUGGUGCGCCAGGAGAUGCCAUGUUGCUCCCCCAGAUUGGGCCUGGGAAUGGUCAUCAGCCUCAUCAGGGGUUACCUCCUCUACAGCCGGCCAAUAACCAGCAGAUGGGUGGUAUGGUGGCCACCUCAGAAGCAGAAGUUACACCACAAGACCAACUCUCUAAAUUUGUGGAGACAUUAUAGUACCAGUGUGCUACUUAGCCCUUGUAGAUAGUACAUUGUAAAUAUUUUGUAUGUAAGUCAUGGAUUCUCAUACAGACUACAAAUGUGAUUGUUAUUUUUGCAGUACUUUAUAGCUGCAAAACAGUAAAGAUAUUAUGCUUCCUUGAAGCAAACCUCGUGAAUAUACUGCAGAUCCUGAGCAAAACACUCAAGCCAUUUCUUUAAAAAAGACAAGUAACCUGCUGAACAUAGGAUAUAUCUAGGGUUAUUAACUACUGAAAAAAUUGAAAAUUUUUAAUUGAAAAUUUUCUUACAGUAACUUUGUACAAUUUUGCAUUAGUCAUUACUUUUGGGCAGUUGCUGUCUUGGUUAUAAUUUGAAGAGUGCAAAUAGGUCUUUGCCAAGGUUAUUAGCUAGAUAUGUUGGUGCAUUCUAGCUUGCUGAAUUACUAGAACAGGAAGAACUAGGGGGAAAUGUGCCUGUACAUUACUGCAAAGAACUGAGGGAAGUAUGUAAAUGUAAAAAUUUUGUUAUUCCUGUGCCCUUACAACCUUGACAAGUCACAGACUACAGUUCAGGCAUGACUUCAACAGUGACCUCUCUUCAUUUUUUGACAUUCCCUGUAGGUAACACCUGUACCCUUGGGAGGGUUGCUGUUCUUUGCUAGUGCUGUUGAUAUGACAGUUGAGGGGUAAAGGCCAAACAGGAAAAGUGUUCACAUGCGGUGGACCUGAAGGAUUGCUGCUGCUGCUGCUGCCACCAUCACCAAUAAGAAACUGAAAUACAUAUAUUGUCUGCUGCUUGCCCAUACUACACCUGUGGGACAAAGUCUGUAUGGGCAGCAAGGAGAAAUACAAGAGUACACCCAAGGAUGAAGGGAGUUGCAGCCAGUUCUCCUCCCGUCUUAAUGCCUCUCACCCACCUGUCCUCUUAAUGACUUUAAUUUAUUUCUCUGAAGAUUUGAUAAUUUUGUUUUCACAUUUUCCAACGCUCAACGUGAUGUAUGUAUGUAAAUUGUUGACUGUAUUGUCUAACAACACCUGCUCAUUGGGAGUCCCUGUUCUUGUCCUGUAUAAUUGUAUUUUAAUGGGCAUAAGAAAUUUUUUAACUGUCUGGUCUCCCCUCCCCCACUUUGUUAUGUUUAAUGUUGACCAAUGAGGAAGUGUUGAACAGAGGAUUUGAUUAUUUUAUAAUAAAUAUAUGACGAAU